AUGGAUUACGAGGCGCAGAAGGAUUUCUGGACCGACUUGGAGGACCGCGAAGGUGUUAGACUCAGCUGGAACACUUUCCCGAGCUCUCGCAUGGAAGCGUCCCGGCUUGUUGUCCCCAUUGCUGCAAACUACACACCUCUCAAGGAGAAGCCGGACUCUCCAUUGCUUCAAUAUGAGCCUGUCACCUGCAAAGCGCCAUGCCGAUCUGUUCUCAAUCCUUACUGCAACGUCGAUCCUCGCGCAAAGAUCUGGAUUUGCCCCUUCUGCUUGAGCCGCAAUUUGCUUCCUGCUCAUUACAAAGACAUCACCGAGGACACAAUACCCCCCGAGCUUCACCCGAGCAACAGCACGAUCGAGUACCGAUUGGCACGACCCGCCCCGGCUCCCCCAAUCUUUGUCUAUGUCGUCGAUACUUGCCAGGAGGAGGAUAGUCUUCAGGCCCUUAAGGACUCGCUUAUCAUGAGCUUGUCCCUACUACCACCCAAUGCGCUCGUUGGUCUAAUCACCUAUGGCACCAUGGCUCAAGUUCAUGAGAUCGGCUAUGGCGAAUGCGCGAAGUCCUAUGUGUUUCGCGGCAACAAGGACUAUACUGCCAAACAAGUCCAGGAAAUGCUGGGUCUUUCCCACGUCGUGCGCCCCGGCGUCCCUCAACCACAGCAGGCCCGCAACCCUCCCCUUCCUCCCGCGGCACGAUUCCUCCUACCCGUCCAGCAGGCCGAGUUCCAGAUUACCAAUGUUCUCGAGCAAUUGCAGCGUGACCCCUGGCCCGUGGCGAACGACAAGCGACCACUUCGAUGCACUGGUGUAGCACUUAGUGUUGCCGUUAGUAUGCUUGAGACUGCCUUCCUGAAUUCCGGUGGUCGUAUCAUGAACUUUGUCAGCGGCCCCGCCACGGAGGGCCCUGGUCAUGUCGUUUCACCCGAGCUGAAGGAGCCUAUCCGUUCGCAUCACGAUAUUGAUCGUGAUAAUAUCAAGUACUACAAGAAGGCUGUCAAGUUCUAUGAUGCCCUUGCCAAACGCGCCGCCAACAACGGUCACAUUGUUGAUAUCUUCGCCGGCUGUCUAGAUCAGAUCGGUCUUUUGGAAAUGAAGAAUUUAUCCAACCACACCGGCGGUCAUAUGCUCCUUACAGACAGCUUCACCUCAUCUCAAUUCAAGCAAUCCUUUGUCCGGAUCUUCGACAAAGAUGAGGAUGAUAAUCUUCUGAUGGGAUUCAAUGCUUCCCUGGAGGUCCUUACGACUAAGGAACUUAAGGUUACUGGUCUUAUCGGCCACGCAAUUUCACUGAACAAAAAGUCUUCCUCUGUUGGUGAGACUGAAUGCGGUAUUGGCAAUACUUGCGCAUGGAAGAUGUGCGGCAUCGACCCAGCUUCAAGUUACGGUAUUUACUUCGAGAUUGCCAGCCAGGGUGGCCCCGCUGUACAGCAGCCCGGCCCUCAGCUGGCCAAGAUGCAAUUCUUGACAUACUACCAACACUCCUCCGGGUUUUACCAUCUGCGUGUGACCACCGUCGCACGACCACUCAGUGGGCCCGCAGGCGACCCUACACUAGCCCAGUCAUUCGACCAAGAGGCCGCUGCUGUGCUCAUGGCUCGUAUUGCUGUUUUCAAGGCAGAGGUGGACGAUGGCCCAGAUGUCCUGCGCUGGGUGGACCGAAUGCUCAUCCGACUUUGCUCCCGCUUUGCCGAUUACCGGAAAGACGACCCAACAUCAUUCCGACUGGAAAAGAACUUCACUCUUUAUCCCCAGUUUAUGUUCCACUUGCGACGAAGCCAGUUCUUGCAGGUGUUCAACAACUCUCCUGAUGAGACUGCCUUCUACCGCCAUGUUCUGAAUCACGAGGAUACGGGCAACUCGCUCGUCAUGAUCCAGCCCACUCUGGACUCAUAUUCAUUGGAAGUCGAGGGAGGCACUCCUGUGUUGCUGGACUCCGCAUCCAUUCAACCCGCUCACGUCCUCCUCCUUGAUACAUUCUUCCACAUCCUAAUUUUCCACGGCGAAACUAUUGCUGAAUGGCGGAAAGCCGGUUACCAAGACCAAGAGGGCUAUGAAAAUCUCAAGGCGCUAUUGGAACAGCCCAAAGAGGAUGCUAGGGAACUCAUUGCCGACCGUUUCCCUCUGCCUCGAUUCAUCGUUUGUGAUGCCGGUGGUUCUCAAGCCCGUUUCCUUCUAUCUAAGCUGAACCCGUCAACUACCCACACUAGUGGUGGAUACGGCGGCGGCGUUUCAUCGCAGACAAUCUUCACCGAUGAUGUCUCGCUAAACACAUUCAUGGAACACCUAAUGAAACUUGCUGUAUCCGGUACCAGCUAA